AUGGCUGCCUGUGGAAGCAUUAAACACAUCUUUGAAAACCCUACUUUGCUUGAAUCCCUUUCUUCUUCUUCUUCAUGGAAGCCUGGGAUUAAACCCCUUGACCAACAACCUUCUUUCACUGAAUUCUUUGGUGAACUUCAUUUCCAGGAAAAUUUAAGUAUUUCCCACUCUUCUUCUACUACCUCUUCCUUUCCUACAUUGAACGUCUCCGGGAGUAUUGGUGUUUAUUCCCAUGGAAAUGGUGAUAAUUGCCAUAAGAAGAGUGAUAGCUUCUCGUUGAACCCUGAGAGCCUCCAGCUGUGUACCGAAGAGCUUGGAUUUGAGAGCUCCUAUGGUGUUGAAGAGGUGAACAAUGAGAUAAACCAAGACUGGGAAAGCAAAAAGACGAAAGCACCAUCACCAACAACAAAGCAUUCAACAAUGGAGAAUCAGAAUGGUGAAAUGAAGAGGUCAAGAGCAAGUAGUGGAGGAGGAUUUCCACCGCCGAUUUCAUGUAUUGGGAAAAGUGGGAAGCCAUGGUUUUGCUUUAAAUCUUACAGGCAAGAUGGCAGAUUUGUGCUGAAACAGGUGAGGAUCCCCACGCAAGAAUUCUUGCAUGCGUGUAGGGAAGAUGGGCGUUUGAAGCUGCAAUUUGUGCAGCCUAAUGAUGAACAAGUUUUGGAAGAUGAAGAUUUUGAGGAUGAUGAUGAUGAUGAUGAAAUGAUAAAUGGUGAUAUUGAUGAAGAAGAUAGUGAACAAGGGCAAGUUUCAUAA